AUGAAUUACAUGGAUUCACAAUCACAAUAUACGCAACUUCAAAAAAUUGAUCUUCAUCACCGUACGUUUGUUUCGUUAAAUUCAAUGCCUACAUAUUAUACUCAACAAGAUCCUAAACAUGUAUCUUCAUUAAAUUAUGUUGAAACGCGUAAUACGAAUGUAUCAAUUGAUCAAUCAUUUAGUCAUGAACAAGCAGAUAAAUGA